AUGAGCGCGAACACUGAAGCCCCCAACGCCUGGGAGGACGAAUGGGAAACCCAGGCAGAUACUCUGGCAACUAAUCCCUCCAUAGAAUCCGAGAAAAAAGUCUCGUCCAAGGUCACAAAAGCACAGCGCCGCGCGCAACAGGCAGAGUUCAACCGACAGCUAUGGGCAGAGGCCGACACCCCACAAACCUUUCACUAUCUUGAAGCGCGCUCCGAGGUUGUACCCCUCAAGCAGGACAUCAAGCCAGCUGUCACCCUCCUCAGCCGCAAACCGCAGAUUGCAACUAGGAAAUUUGCCGCCGUGGGGGUAGAUGGCGCUGCAGCAGGUCUUAGACAACUCGGUCUAGAUGGCGAGGAAGACGAUUCAGACGACGAAUCAAAACCUCGGGAGCCCACGUUUGAGGAACGUCAAGCAAUUGCACUGAAAGCCAGAGAAGAAAAGCAGCGCAAAUAUGAGGAAGUACGAGAGAGGCUUUUUGGCAGUCCAUCUGCUACGACAUCCGGCACUUCAUCGCCUGGAAGUACAACACCGCCCCGCCAGAACUCGUCAGCCGAUGGCAGAGGAAAGGGCAAGGGACGCGGUGGUCGGAACUACCAGAAGCGAGACUCAUCUGUAGCUUCAAACAAAUUGAGUCGAAAUCUCUACGACCCGUCGACUUUUACUAGACCAACCGGCCCGCAAUUACAGAGGCGAGAGCGCCAGGGUGGUCAGACUGGCUCUGAAAGGUCGCCUGCACCACAGCAGCCGACUCGAAGCCCUCGUGGUCCGGAUGGGAGUGGAAGAGGUGGUUUUGGAUUUGCCACAAGAGGCGCGCGAACAGGCUAA